AUGGCACACCCGGAGCCCCUUGCGACAGACCAGCACCACAAGCGGAAGCGCGAUUCUGACGACAAUGGCCAGCAGUCCCACGACAGGAUACCUCAGCCGCCCCCUCCCCAGUCUGGCAACGGCGCGCACAUCAAUUACCUGGCCAGGUCCAACUCGACACGACUGAAACUGAUUCAGGGAGAUGGCGAGGUAUUUUCGGACGUGCUAGGCCUCAUCGGGGACUACGAAGGGGUGCUGAGUCGUCAUGAGAGCUUGGCUGCGAACUUGGGCGCCAAACUGACAGGCCCAAGGCUGGUCAAGGCCAUGGAAGGGCUCUUUGAAGGCUCCAUCACGGCCACGCGCAGAGACCCGUACAAUUCCGACACGGUGACCUGGCUAGACAUUGUCCAGUUUGCGAAAGCCAGCCCCAACGAGUUCACCCUGACUUCGAAUCCAGAUCGCGGCCGCUACUGCUCCUUCUUUCUCAAGGGAAAUCAGGUCGAGAUCACGGAGGAUGACUGGCGGCUGAUCAUGUCGGGCACGCUGGACAGGUUCAACCUGGCACCCCUGCAACCGCUGGAAGAGGACGAGAACUCCGAGCUUGCGACCCUGGAGAUAAUGGAGCAGAGGCUCCAAGUCCUGAUCAAAAAGGCCGACGAGGUUGCGCGUAAGGCGCGACAACUCAACUACCACCUCAGCGGCCGCAAGGCAGCCAUCAAUUCCCGGCGCACAGUACGCUCACCUACAACUCACCAUGCUGGCUUUCAACCCGUCAACCACCCACAAGCAGUCCCGCGCUCCAAUUCUACGUACGACCUCCACGCCGACCUGCUUCAGCAGUUCACAUCCCAGUCGCAGCCCGGUUCUGCCAGGAUCCCGGCUCAGAACUCAAUAUCUCUGCCUACGACACCCGUCAUUCAGGGACCCCCAAUCGCAAGCGUCAAACUGCCAAUCCAGCCAGUUCAGUCCAUCCACACACAAAGCGGACGCCCCUCGCCGGGGGCUUCUGAGCAGUCCCAAUCCCAACAGCAGCAGCAUCAACACCAACACCAACAGCAGCCACAGCGGUCAGCAACAGCACAGUCUGACGAUCCGUCUGACACGCACCGGUCGCUUGUGACUGCGCGAAUUGAGAAAUUGGCCAAGGGCGAUACCAUCCACCCGCCCUGCGACCGGUGCCGCAGGUUGCGCGUGCAGUGCAUAAAGCAUCUCACGGCCUGCCAGGGCUGCACCAAGAAGCAUGCCAAGUGCGGGUGGAAGACGAUCUCGGACGACGAACUCAACUGGUUAAAACGCGAGGUCGGCAGCGGGGCCAGCGGGGCGACGAGCGGCGGCGAGGGUGACGGCACGGAAGGAGAUGACACUUCGGGCCGCAGUGGCGGCGGUUUCUCGCCCGAACCACCCUCACUGCCGCCCAUCAGCACCACCAGCGCCACUGCACCCUCGUCCUCCUGCUAUGGGGACCGGCCGCUGGCCGUCGAUACGAGGGCGUUCGCGCCCGUCAACCAUAGCAACAGUGUGAGCAGCGCCAAGGAGAGGGGCAGCGUCACGGACUUUGGGCUUCGCGACCACCGUCCGUCGUCGUCGCAGGCCGAGCACCGUGUCGACCACUAUCGAUUGAGUCACAUGGCGAACGUGGCGCUGAGCGCUGACGCGAGGGAGCAGCACCAGCACCAGCAGCAUCAUCAACAUCAGCAGAACCACUCUCAGAGGCCUAUGAUGCGGGGGGCCAGCGUCCCGAGGGAUUAA